AUGUCAUCAUCAGGAAAAUACGUUGGUUUAGGUCCAAGAGACUCCUCUGAAAGUCCAUUCCCAGACACAUUUUUGAACUGGAGAGAGUUGAUCUACUUUAGAUCAUGGCAAGCAAGCGGUCUUGUACCAUUUGUUUAUUAUUUCUUAUUCAUUGUUGGUUUCAUCCUCUUUAUUUCAGAGAUUGUUGUUAAUACCAUUGCUUUCAAGGCUGGUGGUUUCUUCCUCGGUCUUCUUUAUGGUAUUAUUCAAUUUAUUGGUAUUGUAUUUGGAGGUAGAAUCAUGGCUGAGGUCGUUCUCUCCAUCUUUGACAUUAGAGACAAUAUUUACAGAACUGCUGCUGGAUCAAACAACGUCAUUUCACACCAACCACAACCAAACCCAUACAUGUCUAGCUCUGCAUCAUCUGAUCAAUACAACAAUGCUCCAAAACGACUCGACUACGAGAUUUUCAAAGAUAAAGAGAUGAUGUUAUCAAGAUGGACACAAAGUGUAGUUAGAUGUACUUCAUCAGCAUCAUUGUAUUCUUCAUUACAAUCGAUUUCAUAUUGUACAACAUCACCAAUUAAAAAGAUUAAAUCAAAUGUACUUCCUCCUCCUCCUCCUUCUUCUUCAACAUCAGAACAACCAAUAAUAAAGAAGAAAUCAACAUAUAUAAAACGAUCAGAUCAACAAGCAAUUGAUUCGAUUGUAAAGACAAGAAGAAGAGAUGCUGAAUAUACAUCAAAUGAUCAAAAACUAUUGGAACGGUCACCCGAAGAUCGUAAAUUAUCACAAGUAGAUUACUUUAAGAAACUUAGUAAAUUGGGUAGAUAUGAAGAAGCGAGUACAUUGUACAAGUAUUUGGGUACAAACAAGAGAACUGUAUUUGCCUACGAGAAUCUAUUGUUGGCGUGUGCCGUUUCAGGCAAGUUUAACGAGUCAUGGCACGUCUACAAUCAAAUGAAAAAGGAUUCACUCAAACCUUCUAUUUACACGUUGGCACAUCUCCUACAGACAUGUACUACUGCACGUGGCAUAUCAAACGAGAGAAUUGGUGAACGUGUCGACAAGGUGAUUGCAGAGUGUGAAAAGUAUGAUGUUGCAAUGACCACCACCUUUCUCAAUAUUGUCAUGAAGGCAUUGGUGUAUGUCGGUCAGCAUGACAAGGCACUCGAGUUUGUCAAUAAUAUGAAAGGGGCAGGUGUCAAGCCCGACAUUGCAACCUACACAACAUUGGUCGUUGCCAUGUCUGAAGAGUACAAACAACGAACUGGAUUCCUCGAAAGUAAGUUUGGCCUGUUGCAUACAAUCAACACAUCACACAAUUCACAAGAAUUGGACGAGUUGCGAUCAGACGGUGUUAAACAAAUAGAAAAAUACACUGGAAUCAUUAAACUACUCAAAAAGAGUAAUGUCAAGGUCGAUCGUUAUUUCAUCAAUACAGUAUUACACGCUUGUAAACUUACAAAUAAUCCACAAGGUGUAUUCCAAGUUUACGAUACCUUUAAAGAAAUGAAUUAUACAAAAGAUAUUCAAAGUGAUACAAAAACUUAUGAUAUUUUAAUUUCUACUUGUUGUUAUACAAAUAAGAUUGAUAAAGGAUUAGAAUUAUUUGAAGAUAUGAUUAAUUAUAAUGUUAGACCAGAUGUUGGAUUGAUUAAUUCACUUUUUAGAUUAGUUUUACGUAUUGCAUCUACGAAACAAGAAAAUAUUUAUGAUGUCGAUGUAUUUAUGGAUCGUAUCAUAAAAUAUAUGGAAAGAUAUCAAAUAUUACCAAACAAGGAUACUUUCCAAGUUUUAAUACCAACCUAUUCAAAAUUACAAAGAUUUGAAAAAGCUUAUGAAUUAUUAUUGGAAAUGAAGGUUUUAAAUAUAAAACCAAGUAUUAAAGAUUAUACAGGAUUAAUUGUUGGUAUUCAAGGUGAUUUUGAAAAGGUGAUGAAAAUAUUUAGAGUCAUUGUUUCACAACGUAUAAAGUUGACACCAGAGUUUAUCAGUAUCAUUUUAAAGAUUGCUAAAAAGAAAGGAUCAGAUGAAAAUAUCGAGGAAAUUGCAAAGGGUAUAAGAGAACUUGAAAAUCAAACUUUAAAUAAAUCAAUUUAA